AUGGCUUUGUUUCAUGUGUUCCUAUUCUGGUUUUCAGUGAGAUUAGGCUCCAUAAUUAUUGGCUUCAUGACUGCAAUAUGCUGUUUUUCAGAUCCUUCAACCCUGAUUAGAAACUCUAUUGUCUAUUUUUCUUGUUUGAUUAUUUCUUCUAUUUCCCUAAUGUGGGGGGCAAUACAGGUUCAACUCAAAUUCAUGUAUCCUUUUAUUGCAUUUUACGUUUUCUAUAUAGCAAUUUUAGCCCUGCAGCUAUCAGUUUUCAUAAUGAGCUUGAAAUCAAACGAAUCAGGACUUGGAGAUAUGAUUUUGUAUUCCAAUUUGGGAUCAUUUGUUCUACUGUUUUAUCUUUACACUUUGGCAAUUGUCGUCAGUUUCAUCCAAAUCAUCAAAGAUUUGAGGAAAAGAUUGGAGAAGAAACCACUUUUAGUUAAAGAAGCCCAGAAGAAGAUCAAUACCAUUCAUGAUAGCUACAAUAUGAAGGAGAAUUAUUUUCAGUAUGUUAAGUCUUUCACGAAGUAA